GGACAAGAGUGCCCGCAGACGCAUUUCUCUCCAGAGCCCCCCCUCUCCCUCUUUCACUCUCUCUCACCCUGUCUAACUCUCUCCAUCUCUCUCCGCUACACUCUCGGCUUUACACACACACACACACAGUUAUUGUCAACAAAGCUGGAGAACUAGGGACACAGGGGGAACAGGGGAAUAAAGGUCCACGGAGGAGGAAAGUAACACACAGGACGCGGCGCAUCAUUUCACCUGGACACUUGGAGGAAGGACUGGAGGACUGAAGGGGGGAAAGAGGAGCCAAAAGGUGACAGUAAACAGGGGUGGACACGCACAGGACAGGACUCCUUUAUUUCUCUUCAUGGUGGUUUUGACACUCGUAGUAUGUAUGAGAAGUUAACCAUGCUGAACCUGCAGAGCGGCUCAAACUGGAGCGGGCCUAACAACUGGUACCAUGACCCCACCGGCGUUCAGACGCAACACAGCACAGUGUCUGAGGGUUGUCUGCUGGACACGGAGGGCAGCCUGGGUGGGGAGGCAGGGGGAGGAGGGACGGGCAGAGGGGGAGGAGUCCCCGUGGAGAGGGACGAGGGCGAGGAGUCUCAGCUGAGGCUGCAGCUCAAGAGGAAGCUACAGAGGAACCGGACCAGCUUCACGCAGGAGCAGAUCGAGGCUCUGGAGAAAGAGUUUGAAAGGACACAUUACCCAGAUGUCUUUGCAAGGGAGAGACUGGCAAACAAGAUUGAUUUACCAGAGGCGAGGAUACAGGUGUGGUUCUCAAACCGAAGAGCCAAGUGGAGGAGGGAGGAGAAGCUGCGCAAUCAAAGGAGGUCAGGGGGGGUGACUUCCUGUUCACAGAGCCAAGCCCCGCUGACCACUUCCUUCAACACAUCCGUCUAUCAUCAGCAGCACGGCAGCAGUUCAGGGUCCAUGUUGAGUCAGGCUGAGUCGUCCCUGCCCAGCUACAGCUCCCUGUCAGUUUUCUCAUCGGGAGUCCAGUCUAUUCCUCCCCAGUCGGCCUCCUCCUACUCCUGCAUGUUACCUCCAUCCCCCUCUGCUCCGCGCAGCUUUGACUCAUCGGCGUACUCCUCCCCUCAUCUGCAGACUCCGUCUUCAGCCAACUCCAACACCGGGCUCAUAUCGCCCGGCGUUUCAGUGCCGGUCCAGGUUCCAGGAACUGAGCAGCAGAGCAUGAGUCAUAACCUGGGUCAGUACUGGGCCAGAUUACAGUGAACAACAGACAAUCGCUGCAGACCGGCGAAAGCUAAAGGAGGAGGAAAAAAAAGGGCAUGUAACAAAAAAGUGUCGAGAAAACAAUAUGGGGACUCACGGGUUUUAAAGAAGCACAGGACUGAGCUAUAGAGGGGGGCCUCAAUGAGUUGCAGACCCCGAAAUGCAUUAAAUGUUUACAAAUUCAGCCAAGAGCAGCUUUGGUUGCACUUGACAGUACUCGGGUCAUACUGGUAUUUGCUUAGUAUUAUAGGGUUGAGCUUUUUGUUUGCAUAGUGUGUUAAAUCAUAGGGCUGAGGUCAGGAUUAGAAAUAGGAUUAGUCUGAGGUGUGUUCAGGAUUAAAUUAGAGUCAGGAUUAGAUUCAGGCUUUACUUAGGGUUUAGGUCACACUGUGCAGAGUUGCAACAUUUAACGGUGCUUUUUAUCGCUUGGUAGUUGAGAAUAAGCACUGGAGCCUUCAAAAGUUUUACGAUAUGUUAUUGUUUUAAACAUUUUGGCUUUCAUUUAGACUGAAAACGUGUCUGCCUAAACCUUUAAAUACACCAUGAGAUGUGGUUGAAAGCUCUGGAGAGCCAGUAAGCAGACUUUUGAGCACUUGUUACGUAUGUUUUAACAACUUUUAUCGAUAGAGGUGGCAGAGGACUGCUUUGAGGUUUGAAUUAUAAAGAGGUCAGAAAGUCGGCCUGAUGUUACUACAAGCUCUCGGCCCAUAAAUUUAAAGGUGCAGUGUGUAAGAUUCAGGGGGAUUUAUUUGUAGAAAUGGAAUAUAAU